GAGGCGUGCCCGAGACUCUCAAGAGUUUGUUGCCUAGAUUCUAAAAUAGUUCGAAAUUUCAAUUUUCCAUCAAUUUUCAAUCAAAAUUUUUUUCAUUAUUUUAUUUCACCCAUUUCACCUGUUAACAUGCGAAAGUCAUAGUGAUCAUGUCAUUAAUAUCUUCACCGUAUUUAGUAAGACUACAAGAACUGAAAUUAUGGCAAGGAAAUUAUGAUAAUCUACUACAGAAGAAAAAAUGUCUAAAUUUAACAAACACCACCGAUUUGGAUUCCUUAGAUGAAGUCACACCAUUGAGCGAUUCAAAUUUAAAUGAAAAAAUAUCUCUUACUAAUGACAACCAAAUUGAUUGGGAUAAUAAAGCUAUUUUACCCGUUAAACCAUUCAAUGAAUUGUUAGAGGAAAAACUUGCUGAAGAUCACCCCAAUAAAUUAUCAGUGAAACCCAAACAACCAUUCUUGAAAAAAGGCUCAGGUUUGGCCAGAUUUAAUGUAAGCCCAAGAGUAUCUUCAAAAACUAAAAAGCAAGCACUUUUUAUGCCCGAAAAAAGUGUUUCAAAUGAACUGAAAAUAAGUAAACAAAAAGAGGAAGCCGAACAAAAUCAAAAUAAAUUAACACCUUUAAAAGUGCCUGAAGUGACUAUUAAAUGUAAGGCUUCUUGGAGUAAAGUAAAUGAAAAUGCACCUAGUUUUCCUGUAUUUAAAAAUUUAGAAAACAUUGAACAGUUCUGCGAAUUAAGUAAUUCUAGGCUGGAUAGAGAAGUCAAUGAUUAUACAAAUUUUGAUCAUAAUCAAUCAGAAAGAGAAUUGCAUUUAUUUGAGAUGUUGGAAGAAAAAGUUGCACACAGUAGUUUUUCAUCGAACAAUUCUAGUAUUAUGAAGUUGCUAUCCAGUACGCCUAAUAAAAAAAAGGGCCAACAGAUAAACGAUUCAUCAAAACAACAGAAUUCAGAAGUUCUAACAAAAAUUCUACAAAACCUACUGAUCUCUCAGAAAAAUCAGAAUAUAUGUAUCACAGAUAGUUCCAUAAAGAAAUCUAGUCCUGAAACUACUUUUUCUGAAGAUGAUGGUGAAAAAUGGUCUAACUGUAAUAGUGGGGCUCAAUCUCCUUCCAGUUUCUAUACUGAAUUUGAAAACACACUGGAGAGACAGGAUAAAACAGAUGCUGGGGUCAAUACUAGCUUUGCAGAAAAAUCAGCUGGUACCCAAACACAAUUUGAUGAAUGUUUUGGGUGCGUUCAACUUAGAAAUAAAAUAGAAAAAUUGGAAAAGGACCUACCUAAUAUUACAGCUGAAAAGGCGAAAUUGUGUGAUUUUGCAAAGGAAUUAGAAUCAAAACGUGAUCAACUCUAUAAGGAAUUGCAGUAUGUAAAGGAGAAGUAUGAAAAAGACAUAGAAGAUUUACAAGAAGAGUUGGAAACAGCAAAAGUAAAAUCUGCUAGAGAAAAGGCAUUAAUUGAUAUGUACCUCAAGGAAUCACGUCCAUCAAAAAAAGAUCGUGACGAAAAUGAAACUUUAAAAAAGGAACUUACGGAUCUCAAGGAGCUCAUGAAAUUAAAAGAAACAAAAAAUGGAACUACUCAAGCCAGAUUGCGAAAUCAAAUAAAAUUGCUUGAAAAGGAAAAAACUGAACUCAAAUCUUCGGUGGAAAAGUUGCAAAAAGAAAACGCCAAAUUAAGUGCCAGUCAAAAAGUCCAUAGAAACACAGAAUCUAAAAUGUUACAACAAAUUAACAAAAAUCUAAACAGACUAACAGAAGAAACCAAAUUAAUGAAAAAUCCUGAAAUAUCUCAAAAUUCAGAAAUUGGAAAACUUAAACAACAAAAGAAAUGUAGGCGAAAAAGUAUGGGAGAUGUAAAAGAAAGAAUAGAAAAAGAAUUGGAUGUUCAGUUAAAUAAAACGGCGAAUAUUCCAAGUAUAGAAGAGAAUAAAAAUAGUUUAACAGAAAAUGAGAAGGAAAUUGAAGUAAUUUAUAGUAAUAAUAAACAUCUACUCUCUGAUUUGGAAAAACGGUAUGAAUCUGCUUUUGGAUUAAGCACCGAAAGCGAAAAUUGUAUGAGAAGUGCAAAUGAAUCGAGGAAAGAUACAAUAGUUUUAUCAGAAAAAGAUUUCCCAGAUGGAUCACAGGAGAUUAAAUACGCCAAUGGAAGUAGUAAAAUAAUUUCUCCCGAUGGAAAAUACAUUUAUAUUCGAUAUUCUAAUGGAGAUAUUAAGGAAACGAAUUUAAUUAAAAAUAUUAAAAAAUAUUAUUUCAUGUCGAAAGACGUGUGGCUUACUAAAUUUGGAGACGGAGUAGAAUUAGUAGAGUUUUCAAAUGGUCAAAAAGAAAAAAAGUUUCCUGAUGGUACAAUAGAAGUUAUCACUUCAGAUGGGACACGGUUGAACAGAUUUCCUGGGGGAACUGAAGAGGUAAACUAUCCAGAUGGAUCCAAAAUGGUUACUACAAGUGACGAAAAAAUUAUAUAUUUGUGUAAUGGUCAGAUAGAGACACACAAUGAAAAAUUUAAGAAAAGAGAAUAUCCUGAUGGAACUAUAAAAAUUGUGUACUCUGAUGGUACUCAAGAAUCUAGAUAUGCUAACGGAAGAGUUCGCCUUAAAGAUCCUGAUGGUAAACUAAUUCUAGACUCACAACAGACUGAAACAUAAAUCGUACCUUAGGAAAAUUAAUAUCCAAGUGAAAUUUUAUAGAUUAUCAUGUUAUAUCGCUUGAUUUUAAUUGUUAUUUUUAUAUUAUCAAUAGUUAUUAGAAUCCCAUGUUGUGACCUCUCCUCUAUUUAAAAAGUUCUUGAUUUACUAGAGGCAUUUAUUUCUAAUUGAACAUAUAGGGUGUCUCAUUAAGAAUGGAACACAGAGCAACUGCAGAUUCUCUGAAUAAAAAUUAGACGAUUAAAUAAAUUGUUACUCGUUUCCGAAAUAGGGGUGUUGAAAAUUCAAAAAUUAUUAUUGGCUAUAAUAAUUUUUUAUUUCUCAGUAUAACUUUACUAAAUUCGGCAAACAUUUUUGGUGUCAUAAGAUACACAUAUCAGCAAAAAAUCAGUUAAAUAAACUUUGCCAGUGGCGUACGGCAUUGAUAAUAAACACCUUUAACUUUUACACCACUGUCCAAAAAGUUUUUGGAGAGUGGCGUAAAAUUUAGAAGGGAUAAGGGUGUUACUUACCCAUGCCGUACACAACUGGCAAAGUUUAUUUUUAAUCAGAGAAUCUUCAGUUGUUCUGUGUUCCAUUAUUAAUGUUACACAUUAUUUUUUAUGACUUUGAAAUCAAUAACUGAGAACUGAGAUUGAAAUUAAUUUAUUCUGAAAUAUAUACAACUCAACAGUUUCUAUUUUUUUAUUGUAUUUUAAUGUUUUUUACCAAAGUGAUAUUUUUGAAAAAUAGAUUUUUUUAAACGUA